AUGUGUAUAAGUAAUCUAGUUGGGAAAGCGUGUGGGGGCUUUCUAGUUCUUGGAAGCACUGUUUUUGCUUUGGCGUUCGGAGGCAGGUAUAUCAUUCUUCUUCCAAUUAUUAUUUUCCAUAUGUUUGCCAGCUGGUAUAACAAAAAAGCACGAUCAGCUUCUGUAAAAAAGCUUGCAACGGCACUAGAGGUGAUUUUCUCAAUUGGCACAAUAUUUGGGUAUUUUAUUGUAAGUAACACUGUUUUUCUGCUGCUUCCUGGGUCAAGCGCGCUAGAAAAAAUUCCAAGGCCAUUGGUAUUGCUUAUGUAUGUGGACUUUGUUGUAUAUACAUGCUACGUGGCCCACAUAAUAUUGAGCUACUUGGAGCAGGAUGUGCCUGAGGAGGAGGACUCGUCUGAUAUAAUAAGAUGCAAUCAGAUGAAAACUUUGAAUAGACAGAGCGUAUAA